AUGGUGGCCGUUGAUCUUUGUGAUCAACGAUCGAGAUUAAAGGGUGUGGGGACAGGAUCAGGGUGUUUUUGGAAUUUUAGGCAGAAAAUAUCGUCUUCCAAAUUCCCAAAGAAUGGAGCCAUAAGAAUACCAAUCCCAGCAAUCGCAGCUACAAAAAUCCGAAACAAUCGCGUCGUUUCCAAUUCAGGGAGAAGGUUUCACCAUUUCCAAAGGUUCUCUUUCAAUCCUCAGCUAUGGCCGCAACGACAGCGCAAAAUCCUGAAAACCCUAGCUGAGCCGUCAGAUCCCAAUCCACCGGCUAUAAGCGAAUCCACACUCGAUUCCGCACCUGACUCGGUAAAAUCACCGCCUUCUGCCGAUGCCAAGGAGGAAAUCAAGUCGAUGGUGGCGGGCGGAGAUGACAGUUGUCAGGGCAAUGAUAUUCAGAAGAAGAUGAAGCGAGCUGAGCGGUUUGGAGUGCCAGUUCAGCUAUCCGAAGAAGAUAAGCGAAAUUCUCGAGCUGAGAGGUUUGGAACUGGGUCCUCAGUUCAAGGGUCAGAUGCUUUAAAGAAAUCUGAGGAGCAUAAGAGGCAGGCUAGAGCUGAGAGGUUUGGGCUUGUGAAAUCUGACACAACUGAAGAGGAAGCUAAGAAGAAGGCCAGGUUGUCAAGGUUUGCACCACCGGUGAAGACUGAUCCUGUGGAGGAAGAUAAAAGGAAAGCUAGGGCUCUCAGGUUUUCACAACCCCAGUCUGGUUCACAAUCACAAGCAAAUGGCAAGGGAAACAUUGAGCAGGAUGAUGUUGCUGUGGACAAAGCUGGAGAGGAACCUGAAUGAUUCCUAACUUUGUUAAAGAGUUGGUGGGCUAGGAUUCUAAUGUUUUUGAGUUCCCAGUAGAUUAUAGAAUUCGGACCUUCAAAUUUACAGCAAAAAACUUUUCUAGUCUCUUAAAGUAGCACGCCGUGCGUUUCUGGGGACACUAGGUUAAUUGACAACCACCUGCUUGGCGUCAAACUACCGUAAAUUACCUGUGAUCAAUAUUAAAAAUGAUGAAACUACAACCAAAGUAUCCUUAGAAGAGUUUGAUUUGACACUUGAUCAUCAAUCUCUUAGUUAUUAAUCUGCAAUUAUUUUAUAUUGUUUGUAUUACCCUUUAACAUAGGAAAAAGUUGUCGGCUGUUGCAUUUCAAGGAUCAACCAGUGUUAGAAAUUUAGUUCUUACUUAUCCGAGGGGUUCAAAACAGGUUGGGAAUUGCUUGAUGUUAAAUGUUCCCUAAGGUUAGAGACUGUCAUUGAACUUGCCUAAUUUGUGAACAAUGGGUCAACAUCUUGGGUGUUUUGCUGGUUCAUUCAGCCUUCAUCACUCUUAUAGCUGAAGUAGGAAAUGUAGUGCAGCUUGAGUUUUCUAGCAGAUAAACAUUUAUCUUGCAUUUAAAAAUCCAAGAUAAUUUGUACUUCUCUUUGAUGCAUCAUAUGGUUUUCGUUUGGCCGUCUUAUUAUUAAUCUUUUUGUUGGGUUCUCGAUAGGCAGUAGAAAGGUAAGACUAGUUAUCUCUGUUGCAUUAUAUAGUUGCUAGUGCAUCUCAUGGUUCUUCUGACAUUAUUUAAGGGCCUUUAAAGUCAUUUGGGAAAAAGUGAAAAAAGACUCACCUUGAUUGUGAAACUUGUUUGCAUAUUGCUCGACUUUCUACAAAAUUUCACAUUGCUAUGUCAUUUGAUGGUCAAGUUGUCAAAUCUACAUUUCUUCAAAGUGGUUCUUGUUUGGAUUUAGCUGUUUGCUUAUUAAGGUUCACUGGUUUAAGAGCUUCCCAGGUUUCCACUUUACGAUUUGAUGUGGGUUAUUUUGGACAGAUUGACACUUAGCAGGUGUUGUUUAACUACCUAGUAUCCCCGGAUAAUUCUUGUAGGAUGCGGUCGAUGCUGUGUAAAAGUAGGCAUAGAAUUUCCUGUGAAGGAAUCUAGUUAUGUUUUUUUUCUUGUUAUUGUCCACUUAAAUUGUACAAGACAAUGUUAAUUUUGUUGUGUUCAGUCGUUGAACUUAUCUUGUAGCCAAUUGACGCAUUUGUGUUUCUACUGUUUUUUUUA